AUUGGUCGACGGGGAUUUGUUUUGCACUCUUCAGACUUCCUCCUCUGCGUGUUUUCAUAAUAAACCACAUUUUUCUCCCGCCGGAGCCGCCGCACUGUUAUCCUGUCAGCCUGCCAGCAUUGUCGGAAUUCAGCUCCUGUUUUAACAAAGGCCGUGUAUGAAGUUUGAAAGCGGGUUCAGAUUCAAAGAAGACACGCGGGUAAACGGGCUCCGCUGCAACAACCAGAGGCUGUCUCUGUUGUCUUUAUUGUCCAAGCCUUUAGCGCGUGGUCGACUGUUGGACCGAGCCGACGUGCCGACCACAUACCUGCUUUAAUUAGAUGUUUUUCAGCCGUCAGUCACAUUGAUACGCUGUAAAGACUGCGAGGAGCUUCGGGAUUAUCAGACAUGGUGAAGCUGACAAAAGCCAAGACGUUCCAGGCAUACCUGGACUCCUGCCACCGUCGCUACAGCUGUGUGCACUGCCGUGCCCAUCUGGCCAACCAUGACGAUCUCAUCUCCAAGUCUUUCCAAGGCAGUCAGGGCCGGGCCUACCUCUUCAACUCUGUGGUGAAUGUCGGCUGUGGUCCUGCGGAGGAGAGGCUACUGCUCACAGGACUACACGCUGUCGCCGACAUCUACUGUGAAAACUGCCACACCACGCUGGGCUGGAAAUAUGAGCAAGCCUUUGAGCUGAGUCAGAAGUACAAGGAGGGGAAGUUUAUCAUUGAGCUGUCCCACAUGAUAAAGGACAACGGCUGGGACUGAGAGGGAAACCUCCCAUCUUUCUUCAUGACUUUUUCAAAAGUUGCAUCCCCUCCACUUAAAGGGGUUCCAGUGUAGCCUCCUCAUCCCGUGUACGAGCCAUCGCUGUGCCACACUUUCACUUCGUACGGCUUCGCCAACAAUAGCAUGUGAUGCCUUUUAUCUUUUUCUGUUCUUCAUGUUUUUCCAGCGACCACAACAACACAUUUGCUGAUAUUGCUAUCCCAAUUGCUAGUUGUGCUGGGACAUGGACUGAAUGAGUGCAGGGUUUGUGUGUGUGUGUGUGUGUG